ACUGAUCUGUUUCCCUGAAGCCCAAUUCUACGAAACCCUAACCCUUAUAAGCCAACCCCUCAUCCUUCAUCUUCAUACUUCCUGCUCACUCGCUCUCUCUAAACCCUAGCCGUAAACCUAACCCCUGAAACCAGCAACCAUGGCGGAGAGAGGAGGAGACCGAGGUGGCUUCGGCCGUGGCUUCGGAGGACGAGGUGGAAGAGGAGACCGCGGUGGACGGGGACGUGGCGGCCGUCGUCCACGUCGUGAAACAGAGGAGGAGAAAUGGGUUCCGGUCACAAAGCUAGGAAGGCUCGUGAAAGAUGGCAAAAUCCGCUCACUUGAGCAAAUCUACCUUCACUCACUCCCAAUCAAGGAGUUUCAAAUCAUCGAUACCCUCAUCGGACCAUCUCUCAAGGACGAGGUGAUGAAAAUCAUGCCGGUUCAGAAGCAAACCCGUGCCGGACAGAGAACCAGGUUCAAGGCGUUUGUUGUCGUCGGUGACGGGAAUGGUCACGUUGGUUUGGGUGUCAAGUGCUCGAAGGAAGUCGCCACUGCUAUUCGUGGAGCAAUUAUAUUGGCUAAGCUAUCUGUGAUUCCAGUGAGGAGAGGUUACUGGGGUAACAAGAUUGGGAAGCCACACACUGUGCCUUGCAAGGUUACAGGGAAAUGUGGGUCUGUUACUGUCAGGAUGGUGCCUGCUCCUCGUGGUGCUGGUAUUGUGGCUGCUCGUGUCCCCAAGAAGGUCCUUCAGUUUGCUGGUAUUGAAGAUGUCUUCACAUCUUCUCGUGGAUCCACCAAAACCCUUGGCAACUUCGUUAAGGCUACCUUUGAUUGUUUAAUGAAGACUUAUGGGUUCCUGACCCCAGACUUCUGGAAAGAGACUCGCUUUACCAAAUCUCCAUUCCAAGAGUACUUUGAUAUCUUGGCAAAACCUGCCAAUAAGGUUAUUGUCUACGCCACUGAGGAGGCAGCUCCUGAGAGAGUUGAGGCUUGAUUCAUUAGAUGUUAUGUGCUCGGUUGAUUUGUUCUUGAAGUUUUCUUAUUAUGAAAUGUUAGUAUUCUAAAUUUUGACUUCUGUUCUUGAGAGAUAUUUUCUGCAGACUUGCAAAAGAUAAUGUUUCCUUUUUUGUUCUUUUCUUUUCAUCAAUAUAUAUGAAGUUUCUGCCUGCUUA